AUGGCUUCCAGCACUUUGAUGGAGCCUCAGAUACCGUGGCUCCUGGCCAGGUACUUACAGUUUCAUAUUGUCAGAGCAUCCAUUUUAUCCUUGGGGGUUGCAGUUUUGUAUAAGUUUGCUGUGGCUGAACCAAGUAAGAAGGCAUAUGCAGAUUUCUACAGGAAUUAUGAUUCUAUGAAAGAUUUUGAGGAGAUGAGGAAGGCUGGUAUCUUUCAGAGUGCAAAGUGAUUUUGGAAUAUAAAGAAUUUCUUUAGGUUGAUUUAUGUAGAAGUUUGUCACUGACUUGUGUUCCUGAGCUAUGAAUACUCAGGCUGAGGAAUAGUUUCUCUUGGUAAGUAAAUAAUUAA